AUGCAACAUCAAUAUCACUGGAGCGCGGGUCCGGAGCUCUAUUACCACCCGGAAUACCAACUACAAAGCCAUCGAGACCUUGACUCUAGCCGUUGGUCGAGUCCCGCAGAGCCCGAGAAACAAUUCUGGACAGAGCUACCGCCGCCUGUAUAUGAAGCUACCACCUACCCUGAGCUUCCUGGUCCUGUGUUGCUGAGUCAUGGAUCACCAGAGUUUAGCCCGGUGAGUGUGAAGCAGGAACACGAUUCGAUCUCGGAUGGCAGAUGGUCGAAGUGGUCACCGGCCCUAACGAACUCGAGCCUGGUGUCAAACACUCCAUCGUUCUCACCAUUACGCUCAAUGCGCAUGACAGAUAACGCUAUGUAUGUGGAGGGUAUUGGGAGUCCAACCCACUGGCUUGCAUCUGGCCAGCACCACUACACAGCUGCUACUUCUAACCAGCAAUCCUCACGCCAUUGGCACGGCACCCAAGCCGGAGCUAGAGAAGAUGCUCCAACGCGCGACUUGCGAAGCAGACGGAAAUCUUUCGAACAGGUGCCUGAACAUGGCCAACAUCCCGAGGCUGAAGUGCAGGCACUACUGAACAGGCCGCGUCGAGUCAAAACCACAGCGGAGAACGCGAGAUUUCAUUGCAACGAGUGCGGCAAGAGAUUCCAACGAGUGUACAACCUUCGUAGUCAUAUGCUCAAGCACGAAGUGACAAGAGAAAAGAUCCACUGCCCUCAUACUGGAUGCGGCAAGAGCUUCGACAGGAAGACUGAUCUUAGCCGUCAUGAGCGCAGUGUACACCUGCACCUGCGAGAGCACAAGUGCGUUUUGUGUGGAUCCUUCUUUGCAAGAAAGGAUACCCUCGUUAGACACAUUGAAGGCAGCUGCUCAAAACGAGCGGCAGUGGAUCGCAAGCGGAUCAAAGACUCGUUGGCUCCAGCAUCAAUGGGCUAG